UCGACAUGGCUCUUGAAGCCGGAGCGCCUGUACGAGCAGCAGUAGUAAUAAUAGUAAGCAGCCCCGGCCGCGGCGGUUCCUGCAGAGACAACUUUCAACACUUUCGUUGCUUUCUGCGUCGUAAACGUCCCUGUCUUGAAGCUGUUAGUGAGUAAAGGGAUAAGCCUGCGUAGGGCAGCCAUGGCUGUUUACACUAAGGUGUCGUAAGCGACAACACUCUCACACACGGCUAAGAGCAGCUCGCGCUCAAGCUGCCUGCUGCUGCUGCUGCUGCUGUUCCGAGCUCGCGAGAUAUGCUGUGGGUAUUUCAAGUCGCUCUGGGAUUACAAGCCGUCAGAUUCGUGAGAGUGAAGGAAAUGUUCAAAUCUUUAGACAAUCAUAGAUACACACUGUGACCUAUUUCUCAUGUUUCGUGGGUUUAUUUUAAGUGUCAUAUAUUUUGGUUAUAUGUUUAAUUUGGGUUUUAAGUGAUGUAAGUGCUUAGUUUAAGCCCACAGCCCACCAACAACUAUCUAUCUCUCUUUAUAUGCCCUUAGGAGAAGGGGGGGAAAAAAUCCCUGCCAGGGCACGUCUGAACUGUGACAGCCACGCCCAUUACUAGUCCUGUGGUUUUGCACCUGCCUCACCACCCCUGCCACUUUGAGCGCAAAACCUUCAGAAGCUCCUGUACCUGCACUGCAGCGUUUCCUCAGCCCGCACUACUGAAUCCAACACUAUCGUGUGCCCUUCACGGCUCCACCGAGGCAUCACGCUGUGAACAGGUAUGCAACACAAGGGUUAUCUGAGCGGAAACUGCAGCAUACCCCAACUGAUGAAGACGCAGCGGUGUGAAAAAGGAGAAAUCAGUGCAGCCAGCAGCGGAGAUAUUGUGAUUGUUUAAUGACAGGGGGUGACAAAUCCGUGUAAUCGCACAACGGGUGCAUGUGCUAAAUAACGGGGGACGUAAACAUGCAAUAAGUGGAAGUGGCAACCAGGUAGUGUACUACGCACGAGCGCUCGCUCCGGACCUCCUCACUGAACUUUACCCGCUGAGCUUUGACGCGAUGGCUGCUGCUGCUCUGGGGGAAGUUGGAGGCGUCUUACACGGCAUCGAUGGUGUCGCACAGGUCGGGUCCACUUUCUUACUGACCCCUCUCGGGGACAGUCCGACUCUUCUUGGGGAGCACCUAAUGCUAUCCGGGGACCGGCUCUCGCGCAGCACCGCGGCGGAUUUAACGCACCUGAAAGGGAUUCUCAGGAGGAGACAGUUAUACUGCAGGACUGGUUUUCACCUGGAAAUACUUCCGGAUGGCUCGGUGCAAGGGACAAGGAAGGAUCACAGUCGUUUUGGUAUUUUGGAAUUCAUAAGCCUUGCUGUUGGGUUGAUAAGCAUUCGAGGGGUGGACAGUGGACUCUAUCUGGGGAUGAAUGACAAAGGAGAGCUGUAUGGAUCUGAGAAGCUUUCAGCUGAAUGUGUCUUCAGGGAGCAGUUUGAGGAGAACUGGUACAACACAUACUCCUCCAACCUCUACAAACACGGAGACAGAGGGACACGUUACUUUGUGGCAUUAAAUAAAGAUGGGACACCUAGGGACGGGACUAAAUCCAGGCGACACCAGAAAUUCACACACUUCUUGCCCAGGCCUGUGGACCCUGACCGCGUGCCAGAGCUGUACAGGGAUAUCCUGGGACACAGCUGAGACCUGGAGGCCCGGUCCAGUUCAGGAAUAGCUGCUAAAGCCCUGGCAGGCAGGGAGCAGAGAAGAGGAGAAGGACCCAGGCAGGCAGGGAUGUGGCCGAUGCAGGCUGGUGGACAGCACCCCAACCGGCAGGGAUAAAGGUACCGGGGCCUCUUGUAGGAAUGCAUUGGCCAUCUCUCAGCAGCCAGGAAGACGGCUCACGCUCGGCAUGAGGGGCUUGUUUGUUUCACAAGGCCGGACGACCCUUAAAGUACCUGCGUGGAAUAGGAGACGAAUGGGAAACGGAGCUGACUGAUCACAGAGCAUCUCCUCUGGUCACACGGGGCCGGGUCCAUGGGAAUCUGUCAAGUCAUGAAAUAGUACUUUUAUUUUGUCAGAGAGCCGUCGUUUGUUCAGAAGGACUUUGAAGGAAAUCAGUUUUAUUUUGUUUUCUUACCUGUGUCUCGACCUGUUUGUAUAGAGCAAAAAGUGUAACAAAUUAUUUAUUCAUUUUAGAUACAUAUAUUUAUGUUAUAUAUUUAUUUAUUUGAGAAUAUAUUUUUACAGUUAGAUACAUGCAAUAUAGGAAUACCACUAGAGACUGUAUCGAUUAUAUAGAGACUGAGACACUGUACAAUUAUGUCUUUUAUUCUGAAAAAAGCUCAGCUAUGAGAUACUGUAAUAACUCCAAAAAUAUGAAACAUAUUGGCCACAUCUGGAAAGAUCCCCAAGUAUGGAAUGAAUUUCACCACAAUAUGGCAACUGUGAAUCAAUUUUAAAAAGAAUCUUUGUAAUGUUGACAUUUUAAUUCUAACCAAACUACUGUUACGUGUGUUAAAG